AUGUGGUCAAUUGUUAAUUUUGCUAAAGAUAAUUCAGUUAGUGCAGUCCCAAGUCAUUGGUGGAAAAAUGGAUAUUGUGCCUUGCCAAAAAGUUCUGCUAAACAUCCAUUAUUUUUACUUCAAAGAAGAGCAAUUCCAAAUAAAUUUGAAUAUGAUUUUUUUAAAGCAAGAAUAAUGCAUACUAAAAACCCUAUUAAAUACUACAUUGAUGCUAAAGAAAGAGCAAGAAAAGCCCAAUUUACAUCAGAAUUAUCUUCAGAUGAUGAAAGUUAG